AUGUGCAACGAAUCGUUGUCGAAUAUGCGCCGCAACCCUCAAAGAUUCGUCAACUGGAAACAUCUAGCGCUUUAUGCUUACAAAUCACCGGCACAACGAUUCGAACCACCUCCGGAGCAACAAACGAAACGUCAAAACAACAAAGCACGGCCGACGAGAGUGGAUGGGUAUCACGGCACUUCUCGGAAGGCUCCCGAUCAAAAGUUCGAGCAAAGAGUCAAUUAUGUCGCUCGAUCGGAACCUCCGCGCCCCAUUUCGCCACAACUUUCCGAAACAAGUAGCAAUGCUGGGAGCUUUUACGGGAAAAUGCUCAGUCUUCCAAUGGCAAUGGUCAACAAAAUGGACAGAACGGCAAACACCAGCGCAAAUCAACCAGCACUAUUUCCACCGCAACUGUCAACAAUGCUUUUGGCUUUGCGCCGAAUUUUGCCUUGCCAGCCACUCGCCAGAAAAUCUGAACCUGAUCAACGAAACACUGUCGAUUCGCUCAACGGAGACCAAGAUGUGAAUUUGAUUCGUGAAGCCCAACUGAACGCCUACAAUAUCAAUGCCCGUCUACAAGAUCUAUCACCCGAACAACAAGAACUCUACUUGAAAACUUUUAGCAAGAAUUUAUUGAGAGAAGACAAACAAGAUGAUUUCUCGGAAGAAGCCAUUGGAGAAGGCUCUGGA